AAAAAAGAAAAUUGGCGGUUCGUGUUCUUGCUGUUCGUGACUAAACUGAAAAAUCGAAUGUUACGAAUCUAGAACUCCUCUUAGAACACACGUGACUUCUCCCAGUGUUUCUGAGCAGUCUCACGUCGCCUCUUCCUUCUCGGAAUAAUGGCGAAUCCAGUAUUGUUGCAGAAAAAGAAUGGACGAUAUCUUUGGUUUUCUCUGCUUGGGCUCGGACUACAACCAGACACUGCACUGUCGUUAUUCGCCGGCAAAACCAGCAGCGUUAAACACAUCAACCUGGGACCGAAUAUGUUCGACAAACCAAACAAGGAUGCCUUCUACAUAGUAACCCACUUCCUGUUGGAGAGACUCAACCCAACACGAUUUAAUGAGACAUACAGGUACUGCUGGCCUGUUUUGAGCCACAAAGCAGAUGCUGAGUUCCGCAAAGUUACCUGCGUUUGGCUGCGAGAGAUAAUGGAUGAAACUGCAAAUGCAGGAUCCAAAGUGGUGGCGUCCUUGUUCCUCUCACCUGGAGGCCCCAAGUUUAUCAGUUUGAUGCUUCACUUGUCCAAUCAUGUCAUGCUGCAAGAAAUGAAGACAUUCACCACAGAUGACAGCUGGGUUCCUGAGGCUGCAGCAAUGCCUGGUUCCUCCCUGGACAUGGCAGUGAAGAGGCUCAACCUGAUCCAUACCAGGUUUUUGAAAGCUGCAGUGUCCCAGGAUCGUUUUCUCCACGAGUACCAGAGACGAGCACAGCUCCUGGUGAAGUCUAUAAGGGACAUACGAGCAGAGGGUGCCAAGUAUGAUGAGCUACUCAAGCGUCACAGCAGUGAUUCGACACAGGAGGUAGUUUCUCUAGCUGAGAAAACCCAGAAGGUCCGCUCCUUGUGGUCAGACAUUGAUGGAAUGUUGUCAACUACCAAAGAGGAGCAGCAUGUAGUGGAAAGCGUUUUGAAGGGGGAUGUAGAUCAAUACAUCCUGGAUGGGACGGAUCGAGUCCUGAAAAUUCCUCGCAGUCUGCUGGAGAGAAUUGAACAACUCCCACAUCAGUUGAGUUCGGGGAAUGUGUACGAGUCUGGCCAGCUGAACCUCCUGUGCACGGUGGAGCUGAUGAACCAUGCGCUGCAGCUCCUGCGGGAGGAGCGUAGUCAGGUCUCUCAUGCCCCAAAGCCUCAGCUCAAUCCUCAACAACUGCAGGAGAAAUGUCAGCAGAUGGCGCGUGCGCUGCAGAACCUUCACCUCAUCAGACAGAGGAUUUCCAAGGAAGAAAUUCCUGAGGUCAGGAGUACCAUCAGAGAGUUGGAGGUUGCGUGGGACAGGAAGUGGAUGGAUACUCUGAAAGACACACCCCUAGUCUCUUUUCUGAAUGAAGAUCCUGCUCUCGGCUUCCUCUCACCAAUGGCUCCACUGUCUUUUGAACCGGCGGCUGAAGCUAGCUACAGAAGUAGUGUCUUCUCCCAGUACCCUGCAACGCUUCUUGAGAAACCUGCAAAGAGUAAAUCACCGGAGGGCCUCCCCCCAAGCAAUACUAACCUUAAGAGCUCUGGCCCUGCAACAGCUGUGAGGAGUGAAAGUCCUGUUGUGAGGAGUGAAAGUCCUGUUGUGAGGAGUGAAAGUCCUGUUGUAACAAACCAAGCGACAUCACAAGCGAAUAGCUCCCUCGACUGGCUUUUCGACUCACCUCCGUCCUCUCCUCUGAAGGCUCCAACAGUAGCACCACCUCAGGCCAGUGUGAGGAAGACGGCGCACUUUCACCAGAAGGGGGCUCCAACUAGGACCAAUACGCAAGAUAGGAAGACCAAAAUAUUAGACAUGGAAUGUGAUAACCUCGCUGAUCAGUUUGCAGAUGCUGUAACUACAGCCAGUCCCACUGAAGGCAGAGUCAAAGGUCUGGACUUGGACGGCCUUCUAGGCACUCUUCAUGGAGAUCCCUUCUCUACUAGAAAGCAGCUGACACGUACACCUGAGAGCUUGAUUCUGGAUGUGAAGACUUCCUGGCGCAAGGCAGUGGAGGAAGACAAAGCUGAGAAAAUCGGGCGAUUAGUGAAGUUAAACGACAGUGUAAAAGGGUUGCUCACUCCCCUCAAUGAGCAGGGAGUCGCCCUCAAAUCCACUGCGUUGUGGGACACCUUCAGCAUGGAGGCCUUCGACAGCCCGAGUGGAACAGGCAGCAGUGCGGUCCAGUUCAGCCUCGACCACGAAACACUCCCUGAAAUGCCGAGCUGUGACAGUCUGCUGAGCCUCGACGAUGAGGCCGUGGACAUGCAGAGUGAGGACGACGAUGAGCUCCUGAUCCCCUCCUUGAAGACUGAGACUCAGUCGCCACUGAUCACUCGUCAUCAUCUGGCUCAGAUCCAGCAGGAGUGCGGUAAUGGCUCCUAUAUGGAAAGCAAGAAGAGUUUACCCGAGUGUCUUAACCAGAAACCGUACGAUCCGACAGGAGACAUACUCUGGCAAAUGGAGCCUGCAAAGUCAGUGGAGGCCACAGACAAGGUCUUCUCUCUGGACCUAGAGACACUGGAGACACCUUCACCCCCGAAGAAGCAGGAGUACAGCCUCCCAAAGCUGAUCACAUUCUCCCCGAUUUGAAGUGUUUACUACAUUCAUAUUAAAAUCACUUUUUAGCCUCACUGUCUACUCUGAUUUUAAUAAUGUAAUAUUUGUUCAUAGCUGUAAAAUAACCUUCUCUUUCACACAAAUUUUUCUUUCAUGCUUGUUUUCUU